GUAUCCCAUUUAAAGUCCUUCAGGCUAAAUCUAAACCCAUAAAAGUAUUGCCUAUGUAGGUAGGGCGUUUUGAUGUAUGUGAUUGCAUUGACUUCCUCAAAAAUGAGUCUAGUAGGUAUCUCACUAGGUUAAGAGACAGCAUGCAAUCUUAAAAUGACAGGUUUGAAUGCACCUAGAAAUUUGCUGUUCAGGUAGGGGGCUCACUAGAUUUUGAGACACAGCCCUUGGGGUGAGCUGACUCCUAGACAAGCUACUUGACCCCUGUGAUUCUCAAGGAGGCUGACCGUCCCUUCAGUUAGUCAACCGAUGUAUCUUUGGUUGAAAUACGAAGCAGCCUUUACUGAAAAUCGUGCACUGUGUGUAUCAUCCACACCGGUCAUCUAUCCAGUCACUCCAUCAUCUGAUGCUGCUGGACCCCUCGCGCCCGCCCAGAUGAGCAUACUUCGAAACAGUGAGGAAAUAGCACUGUCCGGGAAAUCCCGAUCGCCAUCUCCCCCUCCACCCCCCUUGCUAAUGUUACUGCACCUCCAACCUUCCCUCCCCCAGCCAGAGGAGUAGAAACAACAAGCCGCCAUUUUGUUUGUGCGGAGAGAGUGAAGGAGGCAGGAGCGACCGAAAAAAAGCCACUCGGGCGCCGAUCAUUGCGACUCUGAGCGCCGCCGGCUGCGCAGCGGCUCCGUCCUCUCGGAUCCACACUGGAUAAAACGCAACCGGGCGAUUACCGGAAGACAACGGAGGGAGAUUAUAGAUUCUCCCGUGUAAAAAUUAAAGAACGGAUCGGUUUUCCUGUCUUUUUCUUUUUUUAAACGGAACGUAGAGGCGGAAGAGGGCAGUACAUUUAAACGAAGGGAAACCCAUCAGAGGAAAAGGAAAAUAACAGCGUUAAAAACAUCUACAGCCCCCAUCGUCACGAAGUGGUGAAAAAGGACAAAAUUGCAUCGCCGGGUGCCGGUGGACGACACCAAAAGUGGGAAAAACAGCAGGAACUGUGCAGAAGAAGGGAGAAAUUUAAAAGGGAUGAACGCGCAGGGGGGUUCACAGCAUCACAAAGCUUACGAAAGGGGUUUGAGGACCCCCAGAUUUUGGGGGGUGCAGCUGGCAAUAUCACCAGGAUCGGCAGAUGCUUCGGACCCAACGUAUUACUGAAGCCCAACUCGAUUCGGUUUAAUCUAUUUUCGACCCACCGCUGUUUCUAUUGCUUAUUGCAGCUUUCCUCGAUGCACUGCAAGCUCUUCGUGCAGUGACAAGAUAUUCUGAUUUACUUGAUUUGUCAGUGCAUUGAAAUACACGCAUAUACAUUGAGCAUCGGUCUACAACUUAACUUGAUUUUCAUUCUUUGGUUUGUGCGCACACAAACUGCACAAUUGCAAGGGAACAUCUUGCACUUGCGGACCAUUUAAUAUCCACUUUUAAAAUCAUUUAUUUUGCGUUUUGCAUGCACGAGCGUCUGUGCGCAGUGCGGGGUGGUCGUGUUCUCUUGAGGCAAUGGUCAGAGAUUUUCUGCAAACAGUUUUAACCCCCCCCCGAGCUCGUGCACUGGACACAUUCACACAGAGGGCGCACGAGUCAGAUUCAGAUACGAAUGCACGCGUGCACGAACGCAAUAAACUAACUUGUCACCUUUGAAGUGGUCGCAAUAUAUUGAGACGUUGGACGCUUCUGGUGAAAUAUGCAAGUUGUUUGUAAUACCAUAAAGUGUCGACUCGUGCAUGCAAACUGAAGCCAUUUAGCUCUAUGUGCACAUCUGCAUCCUUGUUAUCUAAGGAGUUGCACAGGACUACAUUUGGACUAUUUAAAUGACGAAAGGAUACACUAAUGUUACCUGGCAUACGAUUGCUUGGUUGUAACGAUUGCAAAUUCACAAUUUUCAGUAUAUAUUUAUUUUACCUUCGUCAUUUAGGGGAAAUAAAUACUAAAGAAGAAUCUCAUACAUCCGUGUCAGUUUUAAGCGGCAUAAUGGACUUUUAAUUUCCCUUCCUCCACGUAAAAGUGAUGCUGGGUGAGAAUCUCAAGCACUACAAUGCACACCCGGACCAAAGAGAGGAAUCAUUUUGAGUCUUUGCGUUUUCCCAUUAACAUCGCACGAAGCCGCACAUCCACAGCGGAGUGACUUUGGGUCGCUUUUCUCCAUCACGUUUCCUAUCUCUCGUACACAACGCCUUAAAAAAUCCAACACUUCGGUUCGCCGCCGACAAUGGCGGAAAAGACGGAUGCAAGCAGCGAGGAUAAAUCUCGGGAAAACUGCUUAGUCGCCGACGAGGCUACGUGAGUUUGCGCGACCGUCUGUCUGUUCCUCCCUUCGGAAACAUACUUUGAGGAACUAACGAGAAAAGGGGGACUUUAUAUCGAAUCGGAGGACAAAGUAUUUUUGUGGACAACUCUUGUAUUGCAUUGCAUGCAUGCAUCGUCCCAUGAGAGGUAAACGGGAAUCCGUCCGGAGCUCGUGAACAAGGGACUUCGAUUGAACAUCGACUCGAGACUCCACGGGAAGGGCUAUCCUUCGCGGGAUAUAUGCUCAAGCGUUAAAUUGGAAGAAAACUAUGGCCGAUAAUGUGCUGGACUCCGGUCCGCCUUCAUCAAAGAGGCCUAAAUUGUCUUCCCCGGCUCUGUCGGUCUCCGCGAGCGAUGGAAACGAUUUUGGCUCUUUGUUUGACCUGGAACAUGACCUCCCUGAUGAACUCAUCAACUCGUCUGACUUCGGCCUUUCUAACGGUGUGGACUCUGGACACUUACACACCAGUCUGGGUGGAGGGGGGACAUUGGGACCUCUGGGUGGCUCAGGCCAGGACACUGCUGCCAAACACAAGCACCUCUCCGAACUCCUCCGCCCUGGCGCCCCUCAGUCCGCUUCUGCCGCUUCGGGCAGCCCGGGAAACCCGGCCUCCAUGGGGAUGAUGGGAGGACUGGGUGGCAACCCCAUUGCACAGGGUCUGGGUGGCCCGCAGCAGCAGUCUGGCCCGCAGCAGCAGUCUGGCCCGCAGCAGCAGUCUGGCCCACAGCAGCAGCCUGGCAUGGUGCCACAAUCUGGCAUGGUGGCUGGACUGAACCGGGGAAUGAUGGGAGCCCAUAAAGGGAACGGACAGCCGCAAAGCAUGAUGGGAGGGCAGGUGAUGAACGGUGCGCCUAGAAUGCGCUACGGCAAUGUGAACAUGAACGCAGGUGUGGCUGGUAACGGAAACAUGUUGCCGGAUACCCUGCACCAGCAAAAUGCAGGGCAGCAGAUGGCACAGACGGCUGUAAGGCCACAGCAACCAGGAGCCGUGAAUAAGAUGGGAAUGAUGGGUUCCCCGGGCCCCUACGGUGGUUCAUAUGGUCAGUGUGGAGGACAGUCCAUGGGGCUCCAAAAUAAAGCAGCUCAACCCAACAGCAUUAACCAGUUCAACAUGGACAAGAAACCUCAGCAUGGGCAGAACAUGGGUGCCAUGCAGAGCUCAGGUGUGGUGGGCUGCGUAUCCGGGCCAGCUGGGGCGACGGCGCCUCCUGCAGCGGACCCCGAGAAACGCAAACUCAUUCAACAACAGCUGGUGCUGUUACUGCACGCUCACAAGUGCCAUCGCAGGGAGCAGGCCAACGGAGAGGUGCGCCAGUGCAACCUGCCCCACUGCAGAACCAUGAAGAACGUCCUCAACCACAUGACGCACUGUCAGGCCGGCAAAUCCUGCCAGGUUGCUCACUGCGCCUCCUCCAGGCAGAUCAUCUCUCACUGGAAAAACUGCACGAGACACGACUGUCCUGUGUGUUUGCCGCUUAAGAGCGCCGGGGACAAAAGAAACCAGCAAUCUCUGUUGGGAGGAGCUGGUAUGGGUGGUCCAUUAGGGGGGUCUUUACCUGGUGGCCAGCCUUCAACCCCAAACCUAAACCCGCCCAGUCAGAUUGACCCGAGCUCCAUUGAAAGGGCAUACGCUGCCCUCGGGCUCACCUACCAGGGCAAUCAAGCAACCAAUCCGAAUCAACAGACGUCUGUGCCCACCCAACCUGGCAUGAGGCCGCUCAACAACAUGGCAGGUGGAAACCCAAUGGGAGUAAAUGGUGGAGUCGGACCCCAGAUGACGAACCAGCAUCCCGGAAUGCUUCCAGACAGCUUGCUGCACCGAAACAUGACAGCUCAGAGUCUGAUGAAUGACACUUCAGGGAUUGGUAAUAUGGGGUCCACAGCGACAGCCGCGCCUCCCUCUGCAGGAAUGAGGAAAAGCUGGCAUGAAGACAUCACGCAAGACCUACGGAAUCACCUCGUGCACAAACUAGUGCAGGCUAUCUUCCCCACUCCAGACCCCGCGGCACUGAAGGAUCGACGGAUGGAUAACCUUGUAGCUUAUGCGCGCAAAGUAGAGGGCGAUAUGUAUGAAUCUGCCAACAGCAGGGCUGAGUAUUACCACUUGUUAGCGGAGAAGAUUUAUAAGAUCCAGAAAGAACUGGAGGAGAAGAGGAGAACCAGGCUGCAGAAGCAGGGCAUGAUGCCUACUCAGCCUGGCAUGCCCAACAGUGCACUACCUCAAGCACCAACCGGCAUGAAUCCGACGCAGCCACCCAAUGGACCCCAUUCAGAUUCCUCCCUUGGCCAACCUACUGGACCCACCCAGAUGGUCAACAGAAUGCAGAAUCCUGCUGGUAUGAAUCAGUUUCCUCAGGUGGGAAUGCAGCAGGCAAUGGGUCAAAGGGCAACGCCACCUCUGCCGAUGGGAGCGAACCUCAAUCAGAUGAGUAUGCAGGGAGCACCUCGAAUGGCUCAGCCCAACGUAAACCAUCUACAAAACCAGUACAUGCAGAACCAGUUUCCGGGUACAGGUGCUGGACUGGGCAAGGGUACGGUCGGCCUAAACCAGCCUGCAGGGCAGGCGACCAUGUCACAGUCUCAGAAUCAGAUGUCGACUCCGCCGUCGCUGGCUGUCAGAAGUCCCGUAGCUCCGUCCCAGCCACCAGUCUCGGGCUCUGGAACCGCAACCGGCCCCCAGGGUCCUCCGUCCAGCCUAUCCCUACCUGCUCAACAGCCCGGCUUGCAUGCGCACUGUUCUCCCUUACGCCAGAACUCCCCUUCUCCCGCACGCAGCCUCACCCCCACCCCUGCCCCGCAUCAAACGCCCCCGCAUUUGCCGGGCAACCAGACCCCCCAACCCCACACCCCUAAUUCUUCGACCGCUAUGGCCCCACCGGCAAUGCAGCUGCCCCCAGUGGCACAGGGGGUGGGCUCGGAAAAAGCCAGUCAGUUACAGCAGCAGGCACAUGGGGGCGGAGCUCCAGGAGGCCCCCAUACAGGCCUCGCAUCAUCUGUGCCUUCCCAGAAUGCCCAUGGGCUUUGUGCACACCCACACACCCCUCUAUCUCAGAAAUCGUCUCUUACUGCCGACGGACAGGCAUCAUCCCCUGCUUCGGUCAGCAGUGCAGAUCCUAGCUCGCAACUGACAUCAUCCGAGCCCAAAACUGACCCCAAAACUGAGGUCAGACAGGAAGAAGAGGACGAGAAUGAGAUGGAGGAUAAAGCCUCAGGGAAAAUGGCUGCCAUGCAGAGUGAGAUCAAGAUGGAGGAGAAACCAGAGAAGGAGGAACCUGACAGUGAUGACUGUAAGACGGAGCCGAUGGAAACGCUGACCGGGUCGACGGUUGAGGACAAGAAGCCGGAGGUGAAGAUUGAGCCCAAAGAGGGAGAGGGAGCAAACAGCACCCCAGCAAACACGCAAAGCAAGAAGAAAGUCUUUAAGCCAGAUGAGCUCCGGCAGGCUUUAAUGCCCACUCUGGAGGCUCUGUACAGACAGGACCCCGAGUCGCUGCCAUUCCGGCAGCCGGUGGACCCCCAGUUACUGGGAAUACCCGUACGUAUUCGAACUAGUAACAAAACUAACCUGGACUACUUUGACAUAGUGAAAAACCCAAUGGACUUGUCCACUAUCAAGCGCAAGCUGGACACGGGUCAGUACCAGGAGCCCUGGCAGUACGUGGACGACGUGUGGCUGAUGUUUAAUAACGCCUGGUUGUAUAACCGGAAGACGUCACGGGUGUAUAAAUACUGCUCCAAACUCGCAGAGGUCUUUGAACAGGAAAUCGACCCUGUGAUGCAGGAGCUGGGCUACUGCUGCGGAAGAAAGUUGGAGUUUUCUCCUCAGACUCUGUGUUGCUAUGGCAAACAGUUGUGUACUAUCCCUCGAGACGCUGCAUACUUCAGUUACCAGAACAGGUACCACUUCUGUGAGAAGUGUUUCAACGAAAUCCAAGGGGAGAAUGUAUCUCUGGGAGAUGAUCCAACGCAGCCUCAAACGUCCAUCAACAAAGACCAGUUUCAAAGAAAGAAGAACGACACUCUGGACCCUGAAUUGCUGAUGGAAUGUACUGACUGCGGCCGAAAAAUGCAUCAGAUAUGUGUCCUUCACAAUGAAACAAUAUGGCCGACGGGUUUUGUGUGUGACUGUUGUCUGAAAAAAGCCAAUACAACCAGGAAAGAGAACAAAUAUGCUGCAAAGAGGCUUCCUCAGACAAAGCUGGGUAACUUCUUGGAGACACGAGUGAACGAGUUCCUGAAGCGCCAGCCUCAUCCUGAAUCCGGUGAUGUCACCGUCCGUGUGGUGCACGUCUCUGAUAAAGUGGUAGAGGUCAAACCUGGCAUGAAGUCUAGGUUUGUAGACAGCGGAGAGAUGUGUGAGUCCUUCCCAUACAGGACAAAAGCUCUUUUUGCGUUUGAGGAGAUUGAUGGAACCGAAGUCUGCUUCUUUGGAAUGCAUGUGCAGGAGUACGGGUCUGACUGCCCUCCACCCAACCAAAGACGCGUCUACAUCUCCUACCUAGACAGCGUGCACUUUUUCCAGCCCCGUCACCUAAGGACGGGAGUUUAUCAUGAGAUCCUCAUUGGAUACUUGGAAUAUGUUAAGAGAAUGGGGUUCGUCACUGGUCACAUUUGGGCUUGCCCGCCAAGUGAAGGCGACGACUACAUCUUCCACUGCCAUCCGUCCGAUCAGAAGAUUCCCAAACCCAAACGCUUACAGGAGUGGUACAAGAAGAUGCUUGACAAAGCAGUAGCAGAAAGAAUUAUACACGACUAUAAGGACAUUUUUAAACAGGCAACAGAGGACCGCCUGACCAGUGCGAAGGAGCUCCCGUAUUUUGAAGGUGAUUUUUGGCCUAAUGUGUUGGAGGAGAGCAUUAAAGAGCUGGAACAGGAGGAGGAAGAACGGAAGAGAGAGGAGAACAACACUUCUAGUGAAAGCAUUGAUGCAACCAGCGGUGACAGCAAAAAUGCCAAAAAGAAGAACAGCAAGAAGACUAGCAAGAACAAGAGCAGCCUGAGCCGAGCCAAUAAAAAGAAACCAGGCAUGCCAAAUGUCUCCAAUGAUCUCUCCCAGAAGCUCUAUGCCUCCAUGGAGAAACACAAAGAGGUCUUCUUUGUCAUCCGUCUUAUCGCUGGCCCCACUGCCAAUUCUCUUCCCCCCAUUUUGGACCUUGACCCUCUGAUGGCCUGUGACCUAAUGGACGGGCGAGAUGCUUUCCUAACGCUUGCGCGUGACAAGCACCUUGAAUUCAGCUCUUUGCGGCGGGCCAAAUGGAGCUCCAUGUGUAUGCUGGUAGAACUGCACAAUCAGAGCCAGGACCGGUUUGUCUAUACCUGCAAUGAAUGCAAGCACCAUGUCGAGACACGCUUCCACUGCACUGUUUGUGAGGAUUAUGAUCUUUGCAUCACUUGCUACAACACUAAGGGGCAUGAGCACAAGAUGGAAAAACUUGGUCUCGGUCUUGACGAUGAGAGCAACAAUCCAGCUGCAGCUUCCAAUCAGAAUCCCGGCGACUCCAGACGUCUCAGCAUCCAACGCUGCAUUCAGUCACUGGUGCAUGCCUGUCAGUGCCGCAAUGCCAACUGCUCACUGCCGUCCUGCCAGAAGAUGAAGAGAGUGGUGCAACAUACCAAGGGCUGCAAGCGAAAGACCAAUGGAGGUUGUCCAAUCUGCAAACAGCUCAUUGCGCUAUGCUGCUAUCACGCCAAACACUGCCAGGAAAACAAGUGUCCUGUGCCCUUCUGUCUCAACAUCAAGCACAAGCUUCGUCAGCAGCAGUUGCAGCACAGGCUUCAGCAAGCGCAAAUGCUGCGUAGACGUAUGGCCACAAUGCAACGGGCAGGCCAGCCCCCACCAUGUGGAGGUGGGCCUCCUGGAAGUCUUCCCUCACCAGGUAACAAUGGGGCAACCGGCCCUAGCACACCUACGUCUGUCGGAACACAGCCUGCAACUCCUCAAACACCCACGCAGCUGACGCCGAACCAUCCAUCUAUGCCCCAGCCUGGUGUGGGUGGAGUCCCAGCUGGAACUCCCCAGCAGCCUCAACAGCAUCCUACCCACCACCAGUUUCAACAGAUGCAAGGUGCAAGCGGGAUGAUGACCUCACCGCAACAGCAAAUGGUUCCCCAGCAACAGGCAGGACAACUUCCACAUCCACACACUCAAUAUGGUCCCCAUUCCACAGGUCCCUCCCCAAAUCCACAGUCCCAGGGUAAACCAGGCCUUGGGCCUGCGACUCCUCCGCAACUCCCUAGCAACCCAGGUGCUGCACCGAUGUCCCAACAACAGCAGCCCACAGGUCCCCCGGCUGCAGCUGUAGAGAUAGCCAUGAAGAUCCAGCAAGUGGCAGACGCACAGCGGAAGAUGGCACACGUUCAGUUGCUGCAAAGGCAGGCUGCGCAAGCUGGGAUGAUACCACAGCACCCACACCAUCAGCAACCACAAGGACAGAUGGGAGUAACCCACCCUGGAAUGGGCAUGGUAGGGGCACAAGGGUUAGCCCAGCAGGCACAGACGCCAGCGAACAGGGCGCAGAUGGAACAACAGCAGCCGCAAGGACCUCAGGGAAUGAUGUUGGGAGCUGGGGCCAUGCAGCAGCAAGCUCAACAGGCAAGUGUGCAAGGCCAGAUGGCACCACAGAUGCAGCUGCAGCAGCUGCAGCAGAGAAUGAACCCACAACUCCAGCCUCAGCAGCAACAGUGGGCAGGGCAGGGAAUGCAACCCCAGCCGAGACCUGCCAUGAUGGGUCAGCCAGGAAUGGUUACAAUGCAGUCACAACCACCACAGCAGCAACAACAACCACCACCACAACAGCAACAAAUGCAGCAACAACAACAACCACAAAUUCCAAAUCGAAAUGCCUUGAUGAGUAUGGUGCAGGCUGGUCUGCAAAGUGGUAUAGCAAGCGGGGCAGCCGCUGGCAACCUGCCCCAGGGAGCCCUCCAGGAAUUAUUGAGGACCCUGAGAUCUCCAAGCUCUCCUUUGCAACAGCAGCAAGUACUCAACAUUCUUCGUUCUAACCCACAACUAAUGGCGGCGUUUAUCAAGCAACGGGUUCACAAGUAUAAAGGAGGCACAGCUGGUCCUCCUGGACCACAGGGAGGGCCAGGACCUAUGGGAGCCCAACAUGUUGGUGUCAAUAGUGGGAUGCCUCAGUCUGGCAUGCACCUUGGGCAGGGUGCUAAUAUGCAGACCCAACUUACUCAACUCCAACAGCAGCAACAAAUACAGCAGCAACAAAUGCAACAGCAGCAGCAGCAGCAAAUACAGCAGCAGCAGCAAAUACAGCAGCAACAAAUGCAACAGCAGCAAAUGCAACAGCGGCCCCUGUUGCAACAGCAAGUCACUGCCUUACAGCAGCAACAACAACAGCAACAAGGAAUUCAAGGCCAGGGAGCUCCAACUAUGGCUAACAUGAAUCCACAGUUCAGAGAGCUGGUAAUGAGAAGGCAACUACAGUUGCAACAACAACAACAGCAGCAGCAGCAGCAGCAACAACAACAACAACAACAGCAGCAGCAACAGAUGGCCAAUCACGCUCCAUUUCAACAGCAGCAAGGUUACAUGGGUCAGCAAGGUAACAUGCAAAUUCCUCCAGGAGGCCAGCCAUUACCAGGGGUACAACCUGGCCAGCAGCAGAAUUUUCCAGGCAACCAUGCACAACAGCAAGCUGCAGUCGCCUUGCAACAGAGGCUUCAACAGCAACACCAGUUACACAUGCAACAGCAGCAAAAUGCGGCAUCCCAAGGUCCUGACAUGGGCCCUGGAGGAGGUCCACUGCCCACACAGGUAGGCCCUGGGCCUCAGACGUCACAGGCACUAUUGCAGCAGGCCUUGCAUCAGCGCAUGCUUCAGCAGCAGCAACAUCUCAGUGGUGCCUCGUCGGCACAGCAAAACAAUCCCAUGAGCCCGCAGCAACAGAUGUCACAAUCGCCCCACCUGCAGGGUCAACAGCUCCCAACCUCUCUUAGCAACCAGGUCUGUUCCCCUCAGCCCUCGCCAAGACCCCAGUCCCAGCCACCACACUCGAGUCCGUCCCCACGCUUACAACCACAGCCCUCGCCCCACCGUAUCUCGCCUCAGACCCAGACGGGUUCUCCACAUCCCAGCCACCUUCAGCAGCACCACUCGGGCAGGGCACCGCCUCCUCCACCUUCCCAACAGUCACAGCACAAUUCUAAGGACCCAAGUGGGUUUGGGGCCGAUCAGAAUGCCAUGCUAUCCCAGCUCAGUGGCAUGGCAGGACUCCAUGGACCUGGAGCGAAUGAUAUGCUUCCAUCAAGUGGCCAGGACCUUGGCAUGACCAUGAAUCACAACCCUUUAGACAUAUAGUUAUGCUAAAAUUCACUAAACCUAAACCAGGUACAGUGUUAGCUUUUUAUACUCCAGGGAUGAAUUUAGCAUUUUUCAGUAUAAAUGAAAUAAAAAUGGACCCUCUCGUGAGAGAUAGCGAAUAUUAAACAAGUGUUGGGGUGAAUCGGAAGUUGUUUUUUAUGCCAGUUGUGUACAAAGAGGAUUGUUUCUCAGCCACAAGUAAUAUUUUCGAUGUCAGGUCCAGGGAAGUCCUUUCCUUUUCCAAGAGGUAUUUUUUAAGAUUUUAGAAGUGGUAUAAAAUUUAAGCGCAAAUGAUUUUUUAUAUCAUUUCACCAUGUACCAGUCUCUGUUAUAUGUUUUACAGAUUAAUGUGGGACAUUUCAAACGUUGUGAUGCCUAUAUUGUUAUUAUAAUUAUCUAAACAUCAUGCAUAUUUCCUUGUAAAUUUUGAGUUUUGCAUUUUAUUUAUUCGACCUUUUUCAUGUCAUGAUCAGGAUUUUGUUUGUGUGUGUUCCCAGAGACUGCUACAGUUCACAUAGAAUAUAUUUUUGUUAAUACCUAUUAAAAUGGGGAGUUAUUCCUUUUGGAAAUUUAGGUUAUCAAGUGUAAUAUAAAUUACAGUGUUGAGGGAUUGGGUUUGUGUGUGUGCUCUGCUGCCCAAUGGAUUUUAUCUCAUGCCAUAUUGGAAAUGCCUAACCAUUGGACACCACUGCUUCUGAAACGGAACAAGUUGUUGGAUGGACACACACCUGCCCUCAGAAUGCGUGCACUCCUUAUAAGACUUCAGGAUAGUGGAGGUGUGUCUGUACAGUUUGGAUGAGAGAGUUGUGUGUGUGUGUGUGUGUGCGUGCGUGCGUGCGUGCGUGUGUGUGUGUCUGUUGUGUUGCUGGAGUUUAUCUGCUCUUGCCAAUGUCCUAUUGAACAGCGUUUCACAUAUGAACAGUCUGACAGUGAAACGCUGGAAAAGGAGUGUGCCACUUUGUUUUCGUACUUUUCUCUCCAGCUCCACAAAUUUUCCUGUACUUCUGGAAUUUUCUUUGCUCUGAACUUUGGGAGUUUCAUUUGAAUAUUUUGUACUGUACAAAGGAAACCCAAACUGUGGACUUCAAUUUUUUUUAAUAAAAUUAAGAUAACAGA